GCCCGGCCCCGGCGCUCCGGCCCUCCCGCCCGCGCUUCAUGGCUGCGCCCGAAUGGGACUGGUUCCAGCGCGAGGAGCUCAUCGGACAGAUCAGCGACAUCCGCGUCCAGAACCUGCAAGUUGAGAGGGAGAAUGUGCAGAAGCGGACUUUUACUCGAUGGGUGAAUCUGCACCUGGAGAAGUGCAACCCGCCUCUCGAAGUUAAAGAUUUAUUCGUUGAUAUACAAGAUGGCAAAAUCCUAAUGGCUUUGUUAGAAGUCCUGUCUGGGCGAAAUCUGCUGCACGAGUACAAAUCCUCAUCCCAUCGUAUUUUUCGGCUGAACAACAUCGCGAAGGCACUCAAGUUUUUGGAAGAUAGCAAUGUAAAACUCGUUAGCAUCGACGCGGCAGAAAUAGCAGAUGGCAACCCCUCUUUGGUUCUCGGGCUCAUUUGGAACAUAAUUCUCUUCUUCCAGAUUAAGGAGCUCACGGGCAACCUCAGCAGAAACUCUCCAUCUUCCAGCCUGUCACCCGGCUCCGGGGGCACAGACUCAGACUCUUCCUUCCCACCCACGCCCACCGCAGAGAGGAGCACGGCGAUAGCGGUGAAGGACCAGAGGAAAGCCAUCAGGACGCUGCUGGCAUGGGUGCAGAGGAAAACCAGGAAGUACGGCGUGGCGGUGCAGGACUUUGCAGGCAGCUGGAGGAGUGGGCUGGCUUUCCUGGCUGUGAUCAAGGCCAUCGACCCCAGCCUGGUUGACAUGAAGCAGGCGCUGGAAGAUUCCAUGCGGGAAAAUCUGGAGAAGGCUUUCAGCAUCGCUCAGGAGGCCCUUCACAUUCCCAGGCUCCUGGAGCCCGAAGACAUCAUGGUUGACACGCCAGACGAACAGUCCAUCGUGACUUAUGUGGCUCAGUUUCUAGAACAUUUCCCGGAGUUGGAAGCGGAGGACUUUAUGGAUUCAGACAGAGAAGCCCCUAUUGAAUCCACUUUCGUUCGCAUCAGAGAAACCUCUUCUGAGCAGGAGAGCGCCCUCUUCCUUCUGACUGAGAAUGAGGAGCGAGCCUAUACCGUCAACCACGAAGCCAGCCACCCGCCACCCUCCAAAGUCUUCGUCUGCGACAAGCCUGAGGACGUGGUGGAACGCUGCCUGGGCGGCGUUUCCAGCCAGGAGCCGCCAGACGGCUCCUCCGAGUCCACGCACCCGAUCAUCGAGCAGGUUCUCCAAGGGGUCCCUCGGAAGAUCAGCACCCCCAGUGAGCCAGCUCCGGAAUCUUCCAUCUUGUCAUCCAGAAAGGACACCCGGAGAGCCAACUCCCUGCCGGGCAAGAAAACGGUGCACUUUGAGGCCGACACCUACAGGGACGCCGCCUGCAGUCAGGACCCCUUCUACAGCCAAGACCCUCGCUUCGAAGGGAGCCCGAGAGGUUCAAAGGAGGGGUCCAAGCAGGAUGGCCACGUCUCGGCAGGUGAGGUGGCGGGGGAAAGCCCGAAACAGGAAGCGCCGAGGGUCCCGGCAGCAGCCCCGGCCGAGGCCCCGGGCGAGGUGUCUUUGGUGGAUGGUAAGAUCGAGCAUCCUCCGCCUUUCCAGCCCUCCCCCUCCUGGAACGGGGCUUCGGAGCAGGCGGCCAGCCCUGGGGAAGAGGGUCACCCCCUCUCCCCCCUGGGAGGGGUCCCCGUCAUGGCCAAUUCCUUGGAGAUCAAGGUGAAGCUGCUGACCGUCAAAGCUAUGGAGCGGGAAGACUAUUUCGAAGGCAUACCCUUAAAAGCCUCUAGAUUUAACAGCGACCUCAUAGAGUUUGCCUCCACCAGCCAGGCGUUCAACGAGGCCCCUUCCGCUCAUGAGAAAACACCUGCCGAGAAGGAGCAGGUGCCCGAGGAUCCCGCUGAGAACCUGGGGAAAAGGAGGGACAGCUCUGGCCACCAGCAGACGGAUGGGGAUGAGUCCCCAGGGAACCCCGACCCGCACGCACCUCCCCAGGAUGCCGGGCCCGAAGAACCAGGUUAUUCCUUGGCCCCCCAGGGGACGCCAGUGGACAAAAAGCCUGAAGUGUAUGAAAAGGCCAAGCGGAAGUCCCCGCGGCGCCGUCGGGGGGAGGAGGGGGAAGCGGGGGAUCCCCCGGGGCUGGGGCGAGAGUGGCCUUCCACCCUGGCAAGCAGCAGCGCCAGCCUGGAGACCCUCCACAGUGCCAGCGAGGAAGACCUGGAUUUCAAGCCGUCUCCACCGCUGUCCAAGAUUUCCGUCAUCCCCGACCUCUUCUACUACCCGCAUUACGAGGUUCCCCUGGCUGCGGUUUUAGAGGCUUAUGCAGAAGGCCCCGAGGAUUUGAAAAGCCAAGAAAUGGACCUCGAGGAACCGGAGGGCUAUCCGCCGGGCCUGGGGGCUCGGGAGGACGAGGACGAGGACGAGGAGGCCGAGCCCUCCCAGAGCAGCUGCAGCUUCCCAGGGUUGGGCGAGGACCGCCCCCAGGCCAGCAUCGCAGAGGAUGCCAGGCGGGCCUCGGUACCCACUCCCCCAGCCCGGCGAGAGGAUGACCAGCCAAGAGAGCCUGCAGAGAAUGUCCCUGUGCCGGACCAGCAGUCCCAGGAAUUUGCAAACUCGGAAAACUUAGCAAACCCUUUAGAAGAAAAGGUAAAGGAAGAAUCGAUCAGCAGUAAAAAAAAGGAAAAAAGGAAACAUGUGGACCACGUAGAAAGUUCAGUAUUUAUAGCACCCGGAACUGUUCGAUCCUCAGAUGACCUGGAGGAAGACAUCAGCGACCACAGAGUCAUUUCCAGGACGAGUCACAGUGACUCCAGCAUUUACAUUCGACGACAUACGAAUAGGUCUUUGGAAUCGGAUCAGGUUAGCUAUGUUCAGUUGAGGAAUGCAGCAGAUCUGGAUGACAGAAGGAACCGAACAUUAACCAGGAAGGCCAACAACUCUGGCGAGGCGGGGCUGCAGGAGGGCCGCGGCCCGCAGAGCGACUCGCUGGCGCAGCUGGUCCAGCAGCCGGACGUGAUGUACUUUCUGCUCUUCCUCUGGCUCCUGGUUUACUGCCUGCUGCUCUUCCCGCAGCUGGACGUCAACAGGCUCUGACGGCGCGGCCGCGUAAUAAACAGGAUAGGACCCUGACGGGCCGCGGGCUCCUACUCCCUUCUGUUCCCUCUGCUGGAUGGGGCGCUUCUGCUGACAUCUGCGGACCUCGGGGGAAACCUAGCCCCCCCCCUUCUUGUUUCCGUUCCCUCCUCUAAGUCCUCAGCAUGCUUUUCUCUUGGGCUGUGUGCUCAGCGUCCGGGUGUGUGGCUGGAUCCUCGGGCAGGGUCAGUUCGCAGGCCUGGCUCUGACAGGUCUUGGACUUGGUACUGGUACCGGCCGCAACUGAGUCUUAGCUCGCCCCCAACCCCUGCCGCACGUUCUUAAGGUCCCAGGCGGACUCGCGCUUCUGGCCUCCUGAUGAGAAAGAAGACGGUGCCCCAGGCAGAGACCCCACUGGGAAGAAAACUGCCACGUUUUCCUCCGAGAGGGGAGCUGGAGUGGAGGGGCUGGGGGUCCAGGCACCUGUUGUGGUCUGGCCGUUGUCGUGUUCUUUGAGUGGAGGGUUGGGUCUGAGCAGCACAAAGCUGCCAGCUCCAGGAAAGUGCUUUCGUGAUGGGCAGAAGCCAAGGAAAGUGAAGGCAGAGUCUGGAGCUGCGCUGCCCUCUUGUUCACCCUGGUUUGGGGGGAAGGGGCGGUGGAGCAUGCAUUUUAAAUUCAUUUUUGCAUUGUCUGAAUUGGGAUAAAGAUGUGAUUUUCAGGAAUUCCUGUUGUAGCACAGUAGAAAUGAAUCCAACUAGUAUCCAUGAGGAUGCGGGUUCAAACCCUGGCCUCGCUCAGUGGCUUGAGGAUCUGGCAUUGCUAUGAGCUGGGGUGUAGGUCACAGGUGCGGCUCAGAUCCUGCACUGCUGUGACUGUGGUGUAGGCUGGUGGCUAUGACUCCGAUUCGACCCCUAGUCUGGGAACCAUAUGCUGCAGGUGCAGCCCUAAAAAAAAAAAAAAGAUGUGAUUUUCAAGCCUUUUCCAUCAAUGGAACCCUCCUUGCAAGUGAAUUCUCGGGGGCCAGUCUGGUAGAUACAUUAAAAGCAGAGCUUUGGCUGACACAGGGCGAGGCCUGGGAUCCCUCUCAUUGUUGGCAGCACCCGCCCCCAACAGCUUCCAUCCAAGGCUGCUGAGGUAUCCGUGCCGCUACUCAAGACCCCGCAAGGCACUGUU